UCCUGAGUGUGGGGAGGGGUGAGAGGCGGGCCAGAUCUGGGAGACUUUGCACAUGCAAAUUUGCAGGCUGCCUUUUGUGCUGUGGAGUAUAAAUAUCUGGACAUUCACUCAGCUUUUUAGUUUGCAAGAAUCAAGAUGGCGAAGAGGACACAGAAGCCGAUGAAUGCUGAAGAGGCUUUGGAAUUACUUAUGCAGAAUUUCAAGCCUUGGGAUUCAGAAGGAGAAGAUAUAGAUGAAGAAGUCAUAGACAAAGAAGACCUAGACGCUCAACCGGAUUCGGACUCUGAGCUCUCUUCAGAUGAGGAGACUCUCCCGCUACCAAAAAAGAGAGCUCGUUCGGGGAGUGAGCCGACAGAGACCACGAAGGAUGGUACAGUGUGGCGGCAGGAACAAGUGGGGACACAUCUCCAUUUCACUCCAAUAGAGCCGUACGCCAAAGAUGGAGAGCCAAGCGCUGAGGCCAGUCGAAGCAUCCGGAGUCGCCUUCAGAGCUUCCUCUGUUUUAUUACUCUGGAGAUGCUUCGUACCAUUCAACAGUGGACCACCCAACAUGCACGUCAGGAGCAGCAGGAUUGGUUCAUGGAUCUCCCGGAACUAAAGGCAUUUAUUUCAGUCGUUAUCUUGCGGGGGGUGACCAAGGUUCCAUCACUAUGUGACAGCUGGUCAGCAAACCUGGGAAACCCAACGAUCAUUGCAACUAUGGCCCGAAACCGCUUCCAAAACAUCAUGCGACACCUACGCUUUGAUGACAUGUUUACACGCCGUGAGCGAGCGGAGACCGAUAAGUUCGCUGCAAUCUCCGAUGUUUGGGGAUCGUUUGUCACUAACUGCAUCGCAUCCUACAACCCUGGUCGACACAUCACUAUUGGUGAACAGCUUUUCCCCACAAAAACCCGCUGCUGUUUCCUUCAAUACAUAGCAACAAAACCGGACAGGUUUGGCAUCAAGUUUUGGGUGGCUUGCGACUUGAAAUCACAGUACAUCUGCAAUGUCUUCCCAUAUCUUGGCAAGGACCCCAGUCGUCCCAGCGGGGAGAGACUGUCCGAGACUGUAGUGAUGAGGCUGAUGGAACCGUUCAUGGACCAGGGCAGAACUGUAACCACGGACAAUUUCUUCACAUCACUGUCACUUGCGCAACAACUGCGUAGCCGGAAAACCACCAUCCUCGGCUCAGUCAACAAGAGAAGCCGGGAAAUUCCUCAAUCCGCUAGACAGAUGGAUCGCACUGAAUUCACCACUCAGGUGUUUUCAACCUCUGAUGCCACGCUGACAGUGUAUGUGCCCAAAAGGAAGAAGGUCGUUUACAUUCUCAGCAGCAUGCACAGCGUGGUUGAGACUGAGGAUACCACCAGAAGAAAGCCAAACACCAUCAAACAAUAUAACAAAGCAAAGUGCGGUGUGGAUGUGAUGGACAAAAUGGUGCGGGAGUACAGCGUGCGUGCAGGAACACGGAGGUGGCCAGUUGCCGUGUUCUACAACAUGAUUGACAUGGCAGCACUGAAUGCGCAUGUGCUGUAUCAGGCAUGCACUGGGGUGCAGGAGAGACGGGUGGACUUCCUGGUGGAGCUCGCAAAAGAGUUGGCUAACUCUCAUGUGAGUGAGAAGAAUGCGUGCAAGGAGCAACUGCUUUGCCAACAACCUGCCACACCCAGCCCAGGCAAAAGGGCGAAGUGCCAAAUCAACCGUCGAUGCAUUAAAAAUAGUACAAAUAGGAGAUGCGUUGACUGCUUCAAAUACGCAUGUGGCAAAUGCAGCAAGCCCAUGAACUGGCAGUGCCAGAUGUGUGCCGACAGUGCAGACAGUGCGCAGAAUGAGGGCUGAAAUGCCACUCACACACACACACACACAGCCCCCUGCUGUCCCACUGUGCCUAUUGCAAAUAAUUGUGGAAUUGUUUUAUUUCUUGUAUUUUUUUUAAUUGUUUUUAAUGACAAAAAUAAA